AUGUGGGUGGCUGACGAUAAUGAGUUUGGGCUGGACCCGGGAUCAGAGUGGUACAAGGAAGCGAUGGAGGGGGACGUGAUGGAGGACAGAGGGCCGCCAGAGGUCCAGAAAAAGAAGAAGAAAGCCAGGAGCAGGCUAUCACUACUCCAUCUGCUCGCAUUGACCACAAAGGGUUCGACUUACGACUUCUACCGGACGCUGGAGAAAUUGACCAGCAACACAGGCCUCAGCAUGCCAACUUCGAGAUAUCAGCCACUUCUGUGGAUGGUUCUUCAAUUUCGACACCUUAAGAUGUUGAAGAGGGGAGGUGUGGGUCAUGACCCGGCAGGGGUUGAGGGGGUGGGGGAGGGCGCUCUGGGCUUGAGCUGCCCCCACUGUCCUCGCCCAGGAGUCAACCUUCCUGAUGGAUGGGACAAGGCACCAGAAUCUCUUAGGUUCUUAUACUUUCUGACCUACUCCAUGGAUGCCAACUUUUGUCUCAAAAAUCAGCUAGUGUCCUCCUUCUCCAGUGAUCCAGGCCUGGGUAUUGGGAUGGCGUACAUGGUGCCACGCGAAGGGUAUGACUCCUAUGUGUUGUCUUGGGCAAGUGAUGCAGAUAUAAGUACGUGUGUGGGCUUUCAAGCCCUGGCAAAGGCGAACUCUAAGUUUUCGAGGGGGCUGAGGUUUACAGGCGUGGGGGCCGUUUCAUGUGCCCGCUCGGAGAUGGUUCUUCCGACCUGCGUCAGGAACCUGCAGAAGGGGGAGAGGUAUGCCAAUAUGGACUACAUAUUUGGUAGGGCCAUACACGAUGUUUCCCCCAACAUACCUGUGGUCAUCCCUGCUUUCCACGAGCCAGGCCAUGGCCAGCGGAAACACCAAGAAUAUUCCUUCAAGCUCUCAUGGGGGAUGGGGCUCACGAAUGGAGAGGGCUGUGAGCAAAUAUGGGCAGCAAAUAACGCCUUGGGUAAUGCUACGAAGAUGCAGGGCCCUGGUUCACGUCAAGAUGUUAUCGACAACCAUCUUGGCUUUUGGAAUUGGCUAAAGUAUUGUGGCAUGGGUAAAACAUUGAUGAAAAAAUAUAGGACCGCCAUCCGACAGAGAAACGUUCAGGUCGAAGGCCAUCGAGGGUUCACCAACACCCUUCCAAAGGAAUUGGCUGCUGAGUGGACGAAGCUGUGCAAGGAUUGGGAUAGGGCGACGUACACAAAGCAGGCAGAGAAUCUGUUUAUCACCCGCGGACUUUGCCUGACUGAGGCAGAAAUUCAGAAGGAGUUUGCUGCAGAGGAGGAGUCGUUGCUUGUAGGCGGUGCACCUGCCCUCCACUCCACCACCAUGUCCUCGUUCAUGGUCUUAGCUUUGGAUCUGGAGGAUUCACAGCAAAGACUCUGUGAGCUGGCAAAGUCACGAGAGAGUGGUAGGACGCCUGGCCAAGCGGCUUUGUUAACGGAGCUGCGUAAUGUGUUACGCGCAAAGAUUAAGCACUGGGAGCAGAUACGAGGGGUGUACAUGCCCGGGCUUCAGCGGCUACAGCUGGAGCAGGAAAGGACCAACAGCAAAACGCUGCGCGCAGGGCACUUCCAGCCACCCCCUGCAUCUAAUCACCCAGAACACGUCGACCUCUGGCUUCCCUCCUCCCUCUCUUCCCCGUCACACGUAUCCGUCUGCAGCGCUCGCCUCAUCGCCAUAGAGGAGAAACUGAGGACGGAAAGUUUGCGUCAUGUCCUCCGCGUCAAGAGCCAGAUGAUUCUGUUCAAGAACAAAACGUCAGGGGUCAGAGAGAUGGUACAUGCUCGGGCAUGGGCUGCAGCCGCCAAGUAUCGCCUUGCUAGAUUGGCAAAGCUUUCGCUCUCUGGCCCAGGUGCUUGGGAGAGCACUCUGCGUGUACUUCUGGACUCCGACAUCCGUGCAUACAGCGACCCAGAGAAGAUGCGUGUGCCUGUGGGGUGGAGGGGAACAUUGGAGCAUGAGUCAGAGGAGGUGGAGGAAUCAGGCCCAUCAAACACGCAGGCACGGGAAAUCGACCUUCGACCAGAAAUUCGAGGCCGACGCGAUGGAACAGGGGACACGCAGCGCACCCUCUCGUGGAUAUGGCAGAUGGAUGGCUUUGCUGUCAGUGGGGAGGAUGCGGAGGACGACAUUCUACGCUCGGAGUGGGCAAAGAGCAGGGCAAGGGCAAAUAGGGCAGAGGAGGAGGUCCUUCUUGUUUGA